AUGUUCCCCGUGUGUAUGACUUGUGACACAGCCAAGACUCAGCCAGGACACAGCCAAGACUCAGCCAGGACACAGCCAGGACUCAGCCAGGACACAGCCAAGACUCAGCCAGGACACAGCCAGGACUCAGCCAGGACACAGCCAGGACACAGCCAGGACAGCCAAGACUCAGCCAGGACUCAGCCAGGACUCAGCCAGGACACAGCCAGGAUACAGCCAGGACACAGCAAGGACACAGCCAAGACUCAGCCAGGACACAGCCAGGACUCAGCCAAGACUCAGCCAGGACACAGCCAGGACACAGCCAAGACUCAGCCAGGACUCAGCCAGGACUCAGCCAGAACUCAGCCAGGACUCAGCCAAGACUCAGCCAGGACACAGCCAAGACUCAGCCAGGACACAGCCAAGACUCAGCCAGGACACAGCCGGGACUCAGCCAGGACUCAGCCAAGACUCAGCCAGGACACAGCCAGGACACAGCCAGGAGAGCCAAGACUCAGCCAGGACUCAGCCAGGACACAGCCAGGAUACAGCCAGGACACAGCCAAGACUCAGCCAGGACUCAGCCAGGACUCAGCCAGGACUCAGCCAGGACUCAGCCAAGACUCAGCCAGGACACAGCCGAGACUCAGCCAGGACACAGCCAAGACUCAGCCAGGACACAGCCGGGACACAGCCAGGACACAGCCAAGACUCAGCCAGGACACAGCCAGGAUACAGCCAGGACACAGCCAGGACACAGCCAGGACUCAGCCAGGACACAGCCAAGACUCAGCCAAGACUCAGGAGAAGUAA